UUACGUUUGCCUGCUGUGCAAAUUUCACUACUGCUGAGCUUUUCCAUUGAUUGGCUCCGACACAGGAAGUUUCAUCAUGUGUAUUGCCAGUGUUCAGGGUUGUUGAGAAUUCACUUCACCAGUACAGCAACAGCUGUUACUGUCUUUGUUCAGAGAUAUUUGUAAAAUGCAGCUACAUUGCUAGUGAAGGAUGACUGACAAUGAAAACAGGCAGCCAGAGGUUACAGGAGGGGGUCUGUCUGGGGAGUAUAUCUCCAACCCACUGAUGAGUGACACUGCGUCAGACUGGUCCCCACUUCAUGCUGCUGCUAUUCAGGGACGUCUCAUCUCACUUCAACAACUCAUCAGCCAGGGCCAUGGUAUAAAUCUCCUCACAAUGAACCGAGUCUCACCGCUCCAUGAAGCCUGCCUUGGUGGACAUGUUACCUGUGUAAAAUAUCUGUUGGAGUGUGGCGCUAAGGUAAAUGCAGCUACAAUUGACUGGAUCACUCCACUGUACAACGCAUGCUACAGUGGCAGUGAGGCCUGUGUGAACCUGCUCUUACAACAUGGAGCUGAGCCCCAAGGACAAUGUGCAUUGGCAUCACCCAUCCAUAUAGCAGCAAAGCAAGGUCACAAGAAGUGUUUGACUACCUUGUUGAAUCAUGGAGCACUCAUUGAUUACAAUGUCACACAUCUGGGGACACCCCUUUACGUAGCCUGUGAAAAUCGGCAGAUGGACUGUGUGGAAACCCUCCUAAACUCAGGUGCCAAUGUUAACGUGAGCAGAAACCUUGAAUCUCCACUUCACGUGGCAACCAAGAAUUCUGAUGCGCAACUAGUCAAUCUACUGCUAGAACAUGGGGCAGACACUGAUGCUAAGAACGCUGAAGGAAAGCGGCCUGUGGAACUUGCAUUACCAAACAGCUCUUUAGAAAAAUUACUUUUACAAUGGGAAGGUCCACUGUCCUUGAAACAGUUAUGCCGACUGUACAUUGGAAAAUGUUUGGGUCAUUCUCGGCCUAUUUCUGUAACCGAGCUACCCAUCCCACAGAAGCUAAAGGACUUCUUGUGCUACAGAUAAUUUUCUGACCUUGUAUAAUUGCACCACACGUCAGAAACUCCUCUCCCUCCACUGUUAGGAGAUGUACCUUUUUAAUUUGAAAUAAUACUUAUCAAACUCUUUCCCGUAACUGCAGCCUGAAACCACCAGUAACGAUUAUCAGCUGUGCCUGUCCACUUCCCAGUUGUCCUUUUAAUGGUCCAUCUCCGAUCCCCUACUUUUGGGUACUGAUCUGAAGGUCAGUGUUAGUGUGACAGUAGUUCAGUCUUUAGGAUUACAACAGCCAGCAGCAUGAUUGUCCAGUGAGAAUCUUGCAGUUUACCCACUGCAAAUCUUGCCCUUUAACUGUAAUCUAGUCCCAAGUCUUAACUUCUGUCUGGGACCUACUACACAAAUGUGGCACCGUUCCUUUCACGGCCACAGCUAAGCAUAAUUUUGAGGUAUUCACUUCUGGAGCUUAAGAAUUGUAGAUCUAGCUCUGAAGAAAUACAACAUUAUAUGAAAGCAAUAUGCUCAGCAAGUCAGGCAACCUUUGCAGUAAAAAAAGUUAACAUUUCAGAGCAGCAAACUGUAAUCCUCAGUAUUUUGCUUUUGUUUUCAUUCUUCUGAUACCCUAUUUGAACUCAAGGACAAUGGCAUGUUUCGAGCCUUGCCACGAAACAAGUUGGGAUUAUGGGAGAUUUUCAUCUUCAUUCACUGCAUUGGUAAUUCUUCCUUUCAUGUCCUUCUGAUCUGUUGAUGUCGUUAAUUCCCCAACAGAUGCUUUAGUUUAUCAGUAACCUUAGUGCAAGGGAUCUGCAAGUGAAUCAGGACAGCAUUCAGGAUUCUGUUAAUCCCUGUGGUAGGAAGCAGCUCUGAGUUUAAUGUAAAAUCAAAAUUAAGUAGUAUUUCUUGAUUCUUAUUGGGUUUGUGAGGAUUAGACUUAAAAAAAGACUUUGGAGAUGGAGGCUGAAGUGCUUUGUAAAAGAAAAUAUUUUAGUAUACAGAAGGGGACAUGACAUUCAGCCUGAGCCUGCUCCGACAAAUAGUAAUGUCAAAUUGAAUCCCAUACCUCAGUACUUUUCCAUGACCCUACAAGCUAUUUAUCUUUGAACAUAUUCCUUGGGAACUUCCAAAAGAUAAUCUGCUUUCACCAUCCUUUCAACACACAGAAAGCUGUGAAAAAGCAUUUCUAAUCUGGCUAUCGACCUUUCCUACCAGAGAAACUUUCUUUUGCCUGUUGAAUGGCUCAAUCUCUUGGGUCGUUCCCCCCCCCCGCCAGCUCUUCUCUGUUCUAGGGAAAACAAUUUGAGCUUCACCAGUCUUUGCGCACACUUGAUGUCCCUCAUCUCUGCCAUAAUAAUGCCAUUUGUAAUGUCUCUUAAGUCCUUUACAUACUUUCUAUAGUGUGGAAGGCCAAGUAUCCUGCAUGUUGUAUGCUGCUUUCUUAACAGCCUUGUCAACUUGUCUGCCUUUCUUUUAAGGUUUGAGAGGUCCGCCCAUCUACCUGAGGGUCUUCUGCUUUUGCACUGCCUGUUGUUAAUAACCUUUACAAAAUACUGCAUGUGUUUCCCUCGCAAAUUGCAUUGCUUCACAUUUCACUACAAUUGCCAUGUGUCUUCUCAAUAGAUCAGUCUAUGUCCUCCUGAUAUCUGCUACUAUCCUGCUCACUAAUGAUAACAAACUUAGCAAUGUAGCAAUUAACAGACUUCAACAUUGUGCUCCUCUCCCCAGCUGCAAGUUAUUUAUGUGGAACAAGAAAAGCAAUUUUUCUAAUAUUGAUACACGGACAGACCCCACUGCUAACUGCUUUCCAGACAGGAAAGCAUUCGUUUCUCAUUACUCUCUAUCCCUUCGCUAAUUAUACACCCUAAUUACCACCAUCUUUUUUAAUGUUGUUUCUGUAGUCUUUCCAUCCUAGCCUCCUUCAGCAACCUAGAAUGCAUUUCAUCAAAUAAUUAAAAGUUGUAAUGUAUUCAACUUCCACUUUCAUAAAAUCUUCAGUAGGUUAUUAUUAAAAGACAACAAUAAAAGUCUUUGCAGAAUUCCAACAUGGUUGUGACAGAUGCUGAAGUAAGAAUCAUUAAAGUCUGUCUCUCUGCCCCUCUCUCUCAUCUCCUCUCCCCCCCCCCCCUUUCUUUUAUAUAUUCCGGAAGCAAUGAGUACCAAAAAUAUUGAACUUCCCUUUGUUCUAUGUUCCUUUUCCAUCCCAUUUGUGAUUCGUUAUUGAGAUUGAGCAACUCAAAAAUUUCUAUGUACUGGUCAACUUUUGUCCUUGGACCACUGUCAAAAAGCUUUAACAAAUAAGUAUGGGAUCUUGUUAUGCACAGCUCAACCGCAUGUUUGUCUACAUAACAGUGAUUGCAGUUCAGAGCUAUCAUAUUGGCUGUAUGUGUUUGGGAUAUUCCACUGAUGUGAAGGAUGAAGAUAGCUGCAAAUCCAUGCUGCGUUUCCAUUUUUUUACCUUUUGUUUUGAAUGGGGACAGCCUAUUCACUGCCAGAAAUGCAGCAAUUAUAUAAUUAUUGCCCAUCUCCUCUUAUUGACAGCUUAUAGUUGCCCCGAAACGCACAUUUUUGCAUCCAGAGCAGAAAAUAAUUGGGCUAAUGCUCUCCAGCAUUGUUGAGCGAAUAAUAAGAACAAUAUCCUGGAAUCUUUAUUCUUUAUCAGGUGAAGUGCUAUGGCCGUAGACAGGUAAAGCAAUUUCUCAUACAUGUAAGGGGUAGUAGAGGAAACACAGCUCUGCACGAACACCAUUAUUCACCGACCUUUACUGUUGCUAAUGUCACAAAGAGAUAGUUUCUAAGUUUUUAGGGAGGCAACACUCAGCCAUAAAGUAAUGGUUCAAGUUUUACCUCUUGUUUUUCAUUAUUCAACUCUGAACAGAAGCAAUCUGUACAUACCUUGUUUGAGCAUUUCAACAGUUUAUAGCUAAAUGAAGGUGACCCUUUGCAUCCAAAUCAGUUCCCUACACUAGUAACUCAAUUUGUCCCAGUCCCCAAUCAGCCCUAUUGUGCUGCAGUUUUUUUUUCCUCUGCAUAUAAUGGUCUAAUUUGUGUUUGAAAACCAAAGUUAUAACUGCCUUCAUCACACACUCUGAGCUGAUCUAUAUCCGAAUUAAACCUUUUCCUUGUUGCAUUUGGUUCUUUUCUCAUUCGCUUUAAAUCUGUUUGGUUCCCACAUGUGGGAGCCGUACGCUAAGUGGUUGCAGUUGAGAGAGUGCAGAAGAGAUUCACGAGAAUGGUUUCAGAGCUGAGAAAUUUCAGUUAUGAGGACAGAUUGCAGAAGUUUCUUGGAAUGAAGUCUACAGAGAUCUAAUGGAAUUUUUCAAAAUAAUGAGAGGGCUGGAGAGAGAAGACAAAGCUGUUUCUGCUCUUGAAGGAUCAGGAAUGAGAAGGCACAGAUUUAAAGCGAUAUGCAGAUGAGUUGUGAAAUUAUUUUUCUGCAGGACAAGUGGUUCCGAUCUGGAAAUGCGCAGUCUGAAAAUGUGCUAAAGAGUUUCAAUUAAGGUAUUCGAGGACAAUGUUCGAUGGUCUUUUUAAAUCAAUAUAUGCAAGAGCAUGGGGAACACUAAAGAGAAUGACACUAAGUCACACUGCAACACUUCUGUCGUUUGAUCCCUCGUGUUUAUAAAUACUUCUAAAAAAAUCUCUUCUCAGCUUUUUCUUUGAGAAAAAUGACCCCAGCUUCUCCAGUUUAUUCUCCUAAUUGAAGGCUGUCAUUCCUGGAAUGUUUCGUGUGAAUCUUUUCUGCACAUUUAAAAAAAAAUCACAUCCUGCAGAGUGUGAUGCCUGCAUUUGACUACAGCACUCCAGCUGAUGCCAAACCAGUGACUUAUAAAGAAGCAUCAUAACUUACUACUUUGCUUUUAUACUUUGUAUUCCAUCAGCUCUUAACUGCUUUCUCGCCCUGCAACCUACAAUGAUUUGUAAAUCCUGAAGUCACUCUCCUCUUGCACCCUUUAUGUAAUAUCGCUUCUCCAUUUUGUUCUUACUAAAAUGAAUCACUUUACAGUUCUCUAAGGCCCCCAUUAACUUACUGAUUUUUGCCUAUGAGACCUUUAGCAUUGUCCCUUGUUCAAAGUAUCAAUUCUUUAAUCCUUUUAGCUCAAGAGUUUAAGUUUUAAACACACCAGUGAAGUUCAGUAGUGCCUUGUUUUUAAUCGUUGGGAAUGUGGUGAAAAUCUACAAGACCUCCAAACCCAGAUGUAAAAAAAAUCAGAACAGAGUAAGUACAGUCAGUUGAUGUGUUUUUUGGCAUAAUUGGUUAUGUAAUUUGUGGAUUUGGUAGUUACAAUUCCUUGUAUACAACUGAUGAAAAAGGGCACUGUCAAUGCCUGUGUAUUAAAGACAGUGCUCCAUUUAAAAACAAAACACCCAAUGUUUUCAAUUCUGUAUCUAUGCAAACUAUUGUUACAAAUUUGUGAUUUUUUAAAAUUACAUGCCAGGUAUGUAAUACCUUGGAUUUUCUAAUAUUAUUUACUGCACACAAAGACAUGUCAUCUUGAUCUUUAU